GGAAGGAGGGAGGGGGAAAGCGAAAGGAGCCCCAUCGCAGGAGCCCCAUCGCAGGAGCCCCAGGACGCGCCACGCUCCCGGCCUCGUCCCGCGGGGAGGCGGCAAGGAGCCCGAGAUGGCGGACAGCGCCGCGGCCACCGCCGCUCCUCGGGCCGGCGUCAAGGGCUCGGCCGGGCCCUGGUGGAAAUCGCUGACCAACAAGAAGAAGCACAAGGAAGCGGCGGUAGCCCCGCCGCACCCCGUCGCCAGCGAGACCCCCGCCGACACCCCCAGCCCCGACGGCCGGGAGGAACACUCCGGUCCCUUCGGCAGCGGCGACGCCGCGGGAACCGCAGUCGGCAACCGGCGGAGCCUCCGGGUGUCCCAUUCGGGCCGCUUUAAGGAGCGGCGGAAGGUGCGCACCUCGCUGCUGGCCGACAGCCCCGAGGUCUUCGACGGCGGCGGCGCCCCAGGCCACGCCGCCCAAGGGCCCGAGUAGGCCGGGAGGAGCUUGCCGAGGAGCCGCCGCUGGAUGGGUGGCCGGAGAACUGGCGGGACAGGCGGCCGGAGCCGGUGACUGCCCCGCAGCCAUGGGUGCCGUGUAGGCAGCGGCCUCCCACACCUGAGCGGACACUGCGGGGAGCCCGGCAGCGCUGCCAGGCGAGGGAAUCGCGGGCGCUGUGUUACACCAACACCGCCAAUAGCAAACCCUUGGAUGACGGGACAAUGUGAUUGUCUUUUAAAAAACCACAAAUAAACAUCCCACUCCCUGUACUGUGGUGAGCGGACUCAAAGGUGCUAUCCCAAGGCCGACGGAGGGGUCUCUGAACCUUCCCGCAGCCCUCGACAGGAGCCAACGUGCUGACUCUGAGGCCUGUGCCCCAGCUCCUUCUGGCUCUCAAGCCCAGGAGGCGCUUUGCUGCUUUCAUCUCACAAGCUGUCUUAUCGAAGGAAGGGGGGUGCAAAGUGCUCUUAUCUAAUUUCAGGGCCGAGGACCUCCGGUGGUGCCGAAAGUCCUGCCGUUAGCCACAAACACAUCUUCCAUCCCCCACGGGGGUCCAGAGAGAGGCAUUGUGAGGGGCAGGCUCUUGCCUUCGCCCAUGUCCCACAUUGCAUUUGCAUAUGGAAAAGGCAGGACCAUGCUGGUAUUCUCCCUCUUCUUACUGUGUAAUACUAAGAUGAUGUUUCAGAGACUGGUCCCUCGUAGUUCUGUUACAGAGGGAGGCCCAUGUUGUCUAGCAAUUCACACUAUUUACCCAGGGGAUACAUGAUUUUUGCAUAAUUGGUUAUAACUGGGAUAAUGAAGCUCCAAUGAAGAAAUUGUGUGUGAUAAGAUGUAAACAUUCUUUUGGGACAUGAGACCAGACCUGGAGAGCACAAACAGGGUUGUAGUCCUAAUGUGGGAAUAGGCUUGGGCACCCCUGGAAGUGUUUACAGUACACUUUGUCUGAGGCUUUUGAAGCAAGGUAAAGUGUCCCAGGAUUUCUUGUGAUGGUGAGAUAAUGUGCUUUGACUCCCUCUAAGAGCUCUUGGAUUUUUUUUUUUUUGGACAAAUAAAUAUUAGCCAGAUUUGUACUGGUGUUGUGCCUUACAGAGCAAAAUCAGCUAAAAAUACUUGGCAAUUACACAUUUCUUGAUAGUAGGUGAUGUAGCAACAACUGACUUAUUUAUUUUCAAUGCAUUUGCAAUAUGCUUUAUAUUGUUAAAAUAGCUUUAGACUUUUUCUGAGGACAAGAUACUACACAGUGGCAGGCACUGAAAAUUAUUUCCUAACAGUCAAAUAUUAUGCAGUUAUGAUUCUGUUUGGUUAUAACUAAUCACUUGAGUCAAUUAAAAAUAAAAAGACUGGAAAGGAAAUGAGAAGUGAGUUCCAGUUGAAAAUUCAUAUUAAACCAGCCACUGACAAUCACUGAAAUGUUGCACUAGAUGCUGGGCAAGUGCCCCGUGGUUCAAUGUGCACAAUAAUAUGUAAUGAACCUUGAAAGCUCCUGUGCAAUAAACACAGACAACGUAGCUGCUGAGGUGCUCCCUGGUCAUUCACUCCUUCAGACCCUGGAACCCAAGGACAGAGGGACUGUAGUAUCAAAUACAUUUCCAUGGAAGUUUUUCUUUUUUUUUUUCCUCCACCCAGUGUGUAGAUAGAUGCUUUUAAAAUUUCCUUUAGUAAAACUACAAGGUACCGGAUUUGGACUGCCUUUUUAUAUUGCUGACUCCAUGCUGACCAAGAACAGAUCUGGGGGAGGUGAGGGGAGGUCUUUAAACUUUCUCCUCAGGGUUGCUUUUCUUAUGGGAGGCCUCUUCAGUCAAGGGACAACUGAAAUGCUCUUCUUGAGAAGAAGCAAUCAGAGCAAACCUAGUCUUGGGAAAAGGGGGGUAAGAAAGAAGGGGAAAGUUUAAAAGCUGGAAACAGAGGUGGAUGAUGAAGAACCAUAUUCCAGCUACAGGAUGAGACAGGGGAGGAAGGAGGCACAAAGUGGUGCAUUUGCUGCCAGGGUUGUCAUACUACCUUUGGAGGCCAAACUGUUCAUGUUUAUUAUAGGCAGAAGUAGUCUGCGUGUUUUCGUAUGUGUGUGUGCCCAAAAUGGAAGAACAAGCAAGCAGAAAUUGCACUGAUGCAUUUCUUAACUUCUGCAUCUAGUUUGGUGUGAGUUCUUUGAGGGUCAGAUCCUCAGAACUAGCCAGAGGCUGGAGAAAUGAAUGCAGACUAGUGUUUUAUAUAUCUCAUGUAGAUCCUUUUUUUCAUUUUUAAUCCUUAAACUGAUGUGAAAAUACAGUUUCCUCCUCUCUUCUCUACCUAAAAGCUGCCUUUUCUACAGUGAACCUCUGUUUGCUCUUUGGAAAUGUCUCAGGUUUGUUGUUUGCAAGUCUUUACCUAGGCACAAGAAAUACCCAAUUUGGGUUUUAUUUGAAAAGCCUGGUGUGCUAUUCAGAUGGCUGCUGCUAAGGUUCAAUAUCAAUACUGGCUAAUAUGUGACUAAAUAUUAGCCAUGUCUUAAUCCUUGCCUAUGAUGCUUGUACUUUGGAAAUUUGGUCAGAAUGGGAAGUCAAUAAUUGCACGUAAAAUACCUCCCAGCGCUCCUCCAUCUUUAUCCUGACCUUGAGCUGUGGGAAGGAGACGUAAUUCUAUCUUCCUGCUCAGUCAAAUCCUUGCUUCAAUGAAUAUGAUAGCAGCCACUGAAAAACUAGAUCCAUGAGAAAAAGGGCUGGCAGCCUCGUCUCACUUUCCCUGCCCUCUGCGCACAGCAGCGCCUGCAGCUCAGCGCUCACCCACGCAGCACGGCCAGCAGGAGGGAGAAGGCCCCUUGGCCAUAACCUGUUGCACAGAAAUAGUCCUCUUAUUUCCCAGACAGAGCACCAAAAAAAGCUUAACUAAUCUGUACACACGUAAAUUAAUUAAGCUGAUACAGAAAAAAAAUAUUGGACAGUACUCGCUCUGUAUAACCAUAGAGCAUUUCUGGCCACUGCAUUAUUAAAAGGCAGUUUGCACUCUUAGUAUGGGUAUUUUUCUCAUCUUCUUUAUAAAGAUCAUGGAUCAGAAAGAAAGUUGAGGAAAUAGGGUGACUGAAAAAGUACUUGCUGUAUAUUUUUAAAAGUAAACAGUGACAUAUUGACAAAAUAAAUAGAAAUAAGCAGAUGAGGUGAACCUCAGCUAUGUCAGUUACAGUACAAUUUUCUUAAUAUUAACCUAGAUACUAAGGACUGCUGGUUUGGGGCAAAAGAUAAAUAUUUAGCAAAUAGAAUGAACUUUUCAAAUAAACUUGCAAAGUAUAUGCUUGCUUAUUCCUACUCUUGCCAAAACUAAAAAUAAAUCUCUGAGUGGUUGCCUGGUGAAUCAUUCCCUGCUAUUGUAGGCUGGUCAGGCUGGACCUCAACAAAGAUUAUAGGGAGCACCUGCAGAA